UCCCUAGAAGCAUUCAGAAUAAAAACAGUUUAGGAAACCAUUUCAAGGCCCAACGAUAAACAACGCGGUUCACGUUUUCAACUGUGCAAUCCUCCAUGGUGAAACGAUCACGUUGAAUGAGCAUCUUGAACGUUUGGAACAACUGGGACUUCUCAAGGUUUCUCGCUUUCCGUCCACGAGGUGAACCAUUUCGAAGAGAUUUUCAAUAGAAAUUCAAACAAGAACAGGGUUUGGGAAGCAAGUUCUGGGAGGAAAAACUUUGAUCCAGCCGAUGAAAGGACAUUUCUAUUCAGCUCAAGCCGAUUAUAAGCUAUUCCAAUCAAGCCUCGUCUUGCGAGUGAUUGACUGCGAAACGAGGAGAGAUUCAAGAUUCGGAUUGAUCCCAUUCCUCAAUUUUUCGAUUGCCUCCUGCAAAUCUUCCAACUUCCGAUUGAAACGAAAGGAAAGCUCGUGGAAAAGCUCGGAUUGAGUCCGAUUCUUGGCCUAUUCUCGGCUUUGUUUCCCACCAAACAUAAUUUAUGACCAAAACUAAUGGUCAUGGUCCUAUAUUCCUUGUCCUCUUCCUUCUCGACUCAUUUCGGUUCCACAGAUCCUCUGCAGAGCCUUCUUUCCACUCUCUUUGCCUUUCUUUCAUCAGGGAACGUCAAACUAAAAAAACAUUGGGGCGGACGAUGAAUUAGAUUCCAAGAGAGGACGGCAAUUCUCCUGAUCCAUCUCUUCCCCACUGUCUACCCAUUUCUUCACUGAGUCCGAGUCCGGGAUAUGUUCAACGUGGCCUCAUCAAUUAUAUCUGACCGACCGCACGAAUACAGCAUACGAAAACAAUAUAUUAACCUUGGCUGAAGGACGAAAUCGGGUGAAAACCCGAGUCUGUACUUUUCAAAAAAGAUACUCCCAAGAAUACCAAGUAUCAAUGCUAAUGGUUGGAGGAAACAGCCCUAAGCCCGUAAUUGAGACCGUCAAUAGCCUCGUUGUGUAAAGUGGAGGAGAGAGGAAGCUAGCAUGAAAGGCAUCCUGAAAGCAAAAGAAGUUUCAGGAUAAGGAAAUGGAAUCUCUCUCCAGGGCCUCGAUCUCAUUCUAAAGAGAAGAGCGAUCUGAUCUUUUCAUUUUUCCUCCACUUCCUGGGAUGAAAACGUGGUGCAAAAAACGAGACAAGUUGAGCCGAUACUGAUCAAUGGGACAACUUCUAGCACCUAGAUGCAAAAAACAAACUUAUUCAAAUUCGAACGAUUCUAAUACAAGGCCCAUCAGAGAGUGACGGGAAAGUCAUUAGUUGAAGUGUGAAACAAUCACUUGGAUACUUUGUUUGAGGAAACGAGAUUCUAGACAGUCGCUAAUGAAGAUGCUCUCAUAUUGAGAAAAGAAGAUUAUCCCUAAUGGAAAGUUUCCUCAUGUCUGGGAGACCCGUGUGUCUGCAUUUCCAGGAAAACGAACCCAGCUUGAAAGUUCGGGCAAAAGUUUUGAAAUUGAACCCACAUUUGGGCUCGUGAGAGGAAAAAAAUAAAUUAGACUUCACUCGUCCGUUUGGACGAAGGCAUGUCUAAGACUUGAGACUCCAAUUUAUUGGUCUUCCCUAAAAAAAUCUACGACAACCACAAGGACAAUGGAUAACAAUACCCAAUGCGUGAUACUCGUCCUUUUGGAGAUGGGGUUGUCAUUUUCCGGGAUUGUCUGCAACCUCUUAGUGGUGACGACCCUACGUCAGGAGGAAUCUUUGAACGCCUCCACCAUGAACUUUCUACUCUUGAAUUUGUGCUUUUCCAACUUAUUGAUUUCGUUUUUGGUGAAGCCUAUCAGCGCUAUUUAUGUGGGAUAUGCUAUAUCAACAGGUGAAUGGCAAGUGGGUCUGGCCUUUUGCACCUUAUACACCUUCACAUACCGGACAACGUGGUGCAUCUUUCCCUUCUCUUUGGUGGCCAUGUGUUGGUGUAAGCUUCUGAACCAGUGUAAGUGUGGAUUCUGUGGCAUCUUGUGCUGUUCAAGAAAGGGCCUACGACGUUCCAAAUCUUCCUCAUAUGCCAUCAAUGGAAUGAAUGACUUCCAGCAAAAUGGCAAUGGCACUUAUACAGCAAAUGGUCGACGAGAGGAAAUGCUUUCCCUGAGUAUCACCCAUUACUCGCAUCGGGAUGGCUUGUCCCCGAUGCCUUCGCCAGGACCGCCUUCGGCCCCAAUAACAGAAUACACGCUUCAAUAUCGACCAAAUCGGCAAUUCACGAGCUCCAGUCUGAUGCUAAUGGCUACUAAUACCACCACCACCAUCAGCACCACACGCGGCGACUCAACUUCAACCCCAACCCCAUCCACCAUCACCGAGACCCAUUGCCAUCAAAACUCUGUUAUUACAAACGCUGCAAAUCAUGAAGAUGAGACCACCGAGCUCAUGGCUCAAAGUCUGGCCGUGGCAGCCAUGCCAAUGAUCAAGAAGAAGCACAAACGAACUAUGGAAGAGGGACCGACUGCCAGGCAAAAGGUUUUGGUUGCCUUCAUUUGGCUCGGAUCAGCGUUUUUUGGAGUUACCACUUGCUUCCCCGACAAAGUCUUUGGCGUUGAGAUCAGCCAACAAAUUCUCCAGGACCAGUUACGGACCAUUGCCCCAAGCUUGGGCACACCCCGUGGAAUGGAUCUGACUUACUGCACUGUCAAAACUGGCGUGAACGACAUUUUAGAUUAUAUUGCUUUGGUGGUGGCCCUGAUAUUGCCACUCAUUAUUGGACCUGGCCUCGUGGGAGUCUUUCAAUUGAUAUUCGCCGUCUUUGGCCGGUUCUUCUGCCAAUCCAGUCACCUUUCACAAAUGGACUUGGGGGUGGCCAACAAUCAAAACUCGUUUUUCCACAAGAAGGAAACCCCCGGCCUCUUCGCAGGUUGGGGCAUUAUCAUUGGUUUCACUCUGGUCUUUGCUCUUACCUAUACGUUGCACAUGUACGUAGCCGAUGUCUACAUUCACGACCAUUUUGUUUUCCUAUUGGUCAAGUAUUGCUUGGGCUUUGUGUUUGUGAUCCUGGUCCCGGUCAUUACUCUCUGUCUCGAAAAGGAGAUCCGACACGGCAUCACUUCAGUCUUUGGAAGUGCUGUGUUGUGUCUUCAAGAUAUUUCCGAAACCGAUAACGAGGAUCAAAUUCAAGUGGCGAUCACUGAGCCAUGAAAUUUCAUUGUCACCAUUUCACCACCUUGCUUACUGCUCAAGGAGACACAACGGGGAGUAAAAUUGGAACCGGCUGCUCUAAGGGUGGUUUUCAAUUUCAGCUGAUUAUCUCGAGCCAAAAACAUCCAUUGAGAUGCUAGAAUGUAGUGUAGUGGAAUUCAAAACGUGUAUUCAUAUUUUCGUGACAAUAAAGGUUUUACCAUGGAGCCUCCCA